CAGACCAUUGAUUAUUUAGUCGCUCCUCAUCAAAAUAAAUACGCACAGCACAGCUGAGAGUCGGAUAACGCUGCUUAUUGAUUUUCAGUUGAGGUGUACGGAAGAAUUUAGGGCUGAAUCCUGAAAUCAUACUUCACUAUCUUACAGGUAAUUUUAUGUUCGGAAUCAAUUAUCUAUUCAUACUUUUGUGAAUUUUGAUCAAUAUAAUUUCAAAUUGAUUUGGGAUAUCAUCGAGAUUAUAGGAUUCGAUUUACCGGACUAUGUUUUGGUCGGAAAUUUUUUAUUUCUUUUCACGGCGCACAUGAAUAAAUAACUUUUGGUUCUAUUGGAUCUCGUCUGCGUCAAAAAAUUUCCUUCUGUUAUUUUUUUUACUGAUAAAUUUGGGAGGUGUGCAUAAUCUGCUUAGGCCCUAAUCUUGAUCUUCCGUUGUUGUAUUGGAUUCUCACCUCGAUUUGUCGUUCUUUCUGUUUGAAUUUUUGGACUUCUGAUUACAGUGGGUGUGGGGGAGCCAAAGAGGGGUGGGGUCGUUAAUUUCUUGACGUUUAUGUAUUUGAAUGCUUUGGGGCCAACCAACUUUUUCUGUUCAUGCUCGUAUAGACAAUAGGGGAAAUCUAUUUUCCUGCUAUUUAUUUAUUUAUGCACACAUGAUUUCAUUGGCAUUGUCAGUGGAGUGGAUUUUUUUCUUGUAUGGACUUGAUUUUACUAUUCAAUUUUCAGUUCAAAAUGCCCCGUUACGAAGAUCGGUAUGGCAAUACCACUCGUCUCUAUGUUGGUCAUCUGUCCUCACGGACCCGUUCACGUGAUUUGGACAAUCUCUUCCGUAGAUAUGGGAGGUAAUGCACUUCCCUUUCAACAAUGUUUCAUUAUCUGAGGUUGAUGCUAAUGCACAAACAAAUUAUAUUGGACACAGCUAUUUGUUGUGCAUAUGAUACAUCUGCUUAUUUUUGGUUUUUCAAAUUGGAUGCAUUAUCUUGAUGUCGUAAUGGUCACCUUAGUGGCAGGUUUAUUUAUUAAUAAUUGGAUUUUAUGAUAGUAUUACCACUCGGAUCUGAAGAUUUUUAACUUUUUAAAAGUGGCAUGGAAACAUAUGCCUUGAAGUUCUAAGCGUGGUUAUCUGGUUUGGGUUUAAGAAAUGUGAGUGAAUUACCAUGCCUAAAAAUUAGAAUGUCAAUCUAGGUGGUCAGUUAUCUGGUCCUUUUUUAGAGCUCUUUCAAGUAGCUUACAAAAAUUCUAUUCUAUCUUAUCAUUAAGAAUAUGCCUAGAGCAGUUAAACUGGAUGGAUUAGUUAUCUUUUUAGUGCGCCGGCCGUGGGGGUAUUCAAUCUUACACUGUGCAGGAUAAUUCUUUUUUGUUCAAGCAUUUUGUGCUGGGAAUCUCAUUCAUAAUGUUGCUAUGAAGGAAAAUAACAUCCCUAGGUUCGUUUGAGAUUAACUUGCAUGAUCUUGUUGAAGGUUACUGGGCUUUUUGCCUGGCCUGAAGGUCAAAUGGUGAGUGGGUGGCCUUGGUGGAUAUUCUUGCCGAGUGUUAGGAGACUUUGAAGAUUCUUUCUGUUGUGUGUUUGCGUGUUUUUAUGGCAUUGGCAACAAUCUCAAUCUGGUGUUUAGUCCAUCUUGAAGGGCAAGUUUCAUGCACUUCCAGUACUUAAGUAAUGAUGGCCUUACUGUUUCUGGCAACCGUUUCCGCAGAGUACGAGAUGUGGAUAUGAAGCAAGAUUUUGCUUUUGUGGUAUGUGUCUUCUUUGUUUGGUGUUUGAUAUAUGUAUUAACUUGUAAUUGGCAAUUAAAGUAUGUUUUGAUUGCACAAUCAUGUAUUUUGUGCAUGUUUUUCUGCCUCAACUUGCUUGAACAGGAUUUCAGUGAUCCAAGGGAUGCAGAUGAUGCAAGAUAUCAUUUAAAUGGUCGGGAGGUUGAUGGACGCCGAAUUAUAGUGGAACUGGCCAAGGGGGUGCCACGUGGGCCUGGUGGUGUUCGUGAACAUGUUGGUAGAGGCCCUCCUCCUGGUUCUGGGCGUUGCUUCAAUUGUGGCCUUGAUGGCCACUGGGCCAGAGAUUGCAAAGCAGGUGACUGGAAGAAUAAGUGUUAUCGUUGUGGUGAGAGAGGUCAUAUAGAAAGGAACUGCAAAAACAGUCCGAAGAAGCUCAGGUACAUGUUUGCAAAAUCUGUUUUCAAAAAUAUUUCUUUUCUUUUUUGGUUUGAUGCUGUGAACUUUUGUCCUGAGUUUAUUGGUCAGCCGAGCUUUUGGAAUACAUAUACUUAUUUUCAUUUGGUUGCUUGUACAAUUAUUUUUGCAAUUGAAGGGGGCGAAGCUAUUCAAGAUCUCCAGUAAGAUCACGCUCUCGCUCUCCUCCUCGUGGGAGAGGUCACAGCAGAAGCUAUAGUCGCAGUCGCAGCUACAGGUUAGCUUGUGCACGACUUGUUUAUGGUUUCUCUUAGUUGAUUCUGCCUCUUGUCUCAAAAAAAAUUGUCCACAUUAUAAAUCAAGAAUUAUACUAAAAAUAGUACUAUUUACAAUUUUCAAGUUGGACUAUUUUUAUGGGACGGAGAGAAAAUUGUGAUACUCCAUUAUUUCUUCCAUUGAUUGCAUAAAUCCUCUAGAUUUGUUACCGUCAUUAGUUAUCCUAUUUGUCUCUUAACGUAUUUAUUUACUGAUUCCCAAAGUUGAAGCUUUAUUUCAUUGAAUUUGGUUCCAUUGCAGCCGAUCAGUUUCACCUCCAGCAAGAGACCUUGCUAUUGCUCGAAGAACAAGGAGUCCUUACAGUAGGAGCCCUGACGUCAAGAAUGGUAGUCCUAGAAGGAGGAGCAGUCCAAUGCCAGAUGAAGGUGAUAUUAGGGGAAGAGAGGGAUCUUCCCCCAAGAGGCAGAGAUUUGUCAAAGACAAUGAUGAGAACAGUCGAAGCCCUGCCCGGAGGAGCAGAAGCCCCGUGAUUUCUGGAAAUGGAGGUGAUACUGGUAAAAGGUAUGAAGAUGGUCCAUUUGAAGCAAAUGGUGUGAGCCGCAGCCCUAGUCCAGGAGAAGAUCGGAGGAGUCCCAUUGAUGAUGCUGAUGAACGACGAUAUCCAAGAGGCAGUGAAUCGCCUUGAAUUAUCUCUAAAUGAGAAUAUUAUGUAGUAGUUGUUAGAUAUAAUACUUAGUAGUUUCAUAUUCUGUCGAUGUGCUUUCUUGCAGCUGUGACAGUUUUGUUCAAGUAUUUCAUAAAGUUUAUGUUCGUAUUGUGCCAGCUUAAUGUUGAAAUAUUUUACCGAAACGUUUAGGGAUUCUUGAAUGAUAUUAUUACGACAAUAUCCUUCUCUCCUUUUGUUGAGCUUCGUUUGCAUGGAGUUGACGAUGGCUCUUAUUUUUCUUCCGAAGAUAAUAGAGCAUGUCUCAGUUACUAAAUUUCAGUAUACGGGCUACUGACCUAUAAAUGCUUACUCCUCCACCAAAAUUAUUACCAAAC